AUGGAGCUUGGAGUGCUUGUAUACAGAUUGUACAGGGCGUUAACCUACGGUGUUUCACCGUUGAUUAAUCUUCAUAUACGGUGGCGCAGGCUCCGAGGCUUAGAGCAUCUCCGCCGAUGGCCUGAGCGGUUUGGUCGUCCCUCCGAAUUACGACCGCCGGGAUCUCUCGUCUGGUUUCACGCCGUCUCAUUAGGUGAAGGAAUGGCUGCGAUUCCCGUGAUCAGACGGUGCAAUGAAAUGAAGCCAGAUAUGACUAUUCUGAUGACGACGACGACUGUCUCUGCAUUCGAAGUGAUAAAGAAUCAACUCCCCAUUGGUGUUUUGCAUCAGUUUGCACCACUCGAUACACCGAUGGCUAUUGACAGAUUCCUUGGCCACUGGAAACCAAACGCGAUUAUCAUUAUGGAGAACGAACUAUGGCCUAACCUCAUCAUGUGUGCUGCAGAACUUCUAAUUCCGUUGGCAUUGUUGAACGCUCGGAUGUCUACAAAGUCAUAUAAACGGUGGUCUAGUCCCCUAUUUCUACCGCUGGUGUCAUUGUUGCUAUCCAAAUUCUCAUUGAUAGCUCCACUGAGCUCCCUACAGGGUAUACAUUUCCAGCUGCUUCAAGCACCUCCCUUUGUUAUUAAUUAUUCAGGAGACUUGAAAUACGUGGUGAACAAGUCCCAUGUAUCCAAUGAAACAACCGAAAGUAUAAGAGAUAUAAAAGCAGAACUCUCAGAGAUGAAGGUCUGGAUUGCAUCUUCAUUACAUAGAGGCGAAGAAGAAGUCAUUUUAGGAGUUCACAACAUGCUUCUCCAGUCACAUCCUGACUCUGUUGUCAUACUUGUGCCUCGACAUCCACAUCAUGGCCAACAAAUUGCUCAAGAACUGCGGAAAGAUGGCCAAAGUGUAGCUCUAAGGUCUCAAAAUGAAAAGUUUACACCAAAGAAGACAAAUAUAUAUGUGGUGGAUACACUAGGUGAACUAAGAGAAUUCUACAGAGUAGCUUCAAUAGCCGUCAUUGGUGGAUCUUUUUCCCCGGAGUUAACUGGUCAUAACAUGUCUGAAGCAGCUGCCGCUGGCUGCGCCGUUAUCACAGGUUGUCAUGUCGGGCAUUUCUCUCACAUGGUGAAGGCAAUGCAGCAGUCGAAUCCUCUAUCCGUUACACAGGUGUCGACUAAAGCAGAGCUCAGAGAAGCGGUCGACUUGCUCCUGAGUCAGCCUGAGAUUUUGAAAGCACAUCAGAGAGCUUCUAAAGAGGUUUAUGAAUCUCUUUCAAGCUGCAUUAUCUCGAACAUGUGGAAUCUCCUCAAUCGCCACAUCUUUAGAGAGAAAUGA